UUUGUGGCAUUCUAGAAGACAAGCAGUGUCUGCACGAGCAGAGGAGAAAAUACAGGAUUUAUCGGUGAAAGAGCUUGCAGAAGUUUCCCAAAACAGGCAGGUAGUGUACAGCACUGCCGGGGGCAUCUUGUGCGAUAGAAGAAUUGCUGGAGAACGUGAAGGACGAGUGGAUAAUUUGGGUGAAAAUUGCAGGUCGCAAAAUGGCCGAAGAUUUGGACGUCGAAGCCAUGUUGGAAGCUCCAUAUCGAAAAGACGAUGACGUGAAUCCAUCGCCAAGUAGAGUACAGAAUGGAAAGGACAAAGAGAACAAGCGAGGCAGGAGCCGUUCGAGGAGUCGAGAUCGUUCUGUGGAGAAGGAUCGGUCGAGUAGGAAAGCGCGCGAGGGGGGAAAUCGCGCGCGCGAUAAGCGUCGUCGGAGUCGCUCGAAGGAGAAGCGCACGAGCCGGUCUAAGGACAAGGAGCGCCGUCGAAGGAGCAAAUCCCGCGGCGAACGUCGACGUUCGCGUUCCAAGGGACGUAAGCGCAGCCGCUCGCCGCGCGAGAAGCGCCAGCCAGCAUCCAGAGAAAGGCGCCGCAGUCGAUCCCCAAUCAGAAGGCGAAGGUCACCUUCACCGAGACACUUUCGACGCGGAAGAACUCCGCCGAAUGGCUUGGGACACCAUUCUCCGCCUGAAGACUUGAGUCCGGAAGAGCGCGACGCCAGAACAGUGUUCUGCAUGCAAUUGUCACAACGAAUUCGCGCCAGAGACUUGGAGGAGUUCUUCUCGAGUGUGGGAAAAGUGCGCGAUGUGCGACUGAUAACGUGCAACAAAACAAAGCGAUUCAAAGGAAUUGCUUAUAUCGAAUUCAGAGAUCCGGAAUCUGUGCCACUUGCACUCGGACUGUCGGGACAGAAGCUGCUGGGCAUUCCCAUCAGUGUCCAGCACACGCAGGCUGAGAAGAACAGGCUGGCCAACGCUGUGCCAGCGAUAAUGCCGAAGAAUCCUUCGGGGCCGAUGCGUCUGUACGUAGGCUCACUGCAUUUCAACAUCACAGAGGACAUGCUGCGCGGCAUCUUCGAGCCCUUCGGCAAGAUCGACUCCAUCCAGCUGAUCAUGGACAACGAGACGGGGCGCUCGAAGGGCUACGGCUUCAUUACUUUCCACAAUGCUGAGGAUGCGAAGAAGGCGCUAGAGCAGCUGAACGGCUUCGAGCUGGCGGGCAGGCCGAUGAAGGUGGGCAAUGUGACGGAGCGUCUGGACAUGAACACCAACACGUCGCUGGACACGGACGAGAUGGAUCGCAGUGGCAUCGACUUGGGCGCCACGGGGAGAUUGCAGCUGAUGUUCAAGUUGGCCGAAGGCGCUGGGCUGGCAGUGCCUCAGGCGGCGGCCAACGCUCUGCUGGCCACGGCGCCGCAGCAGCCGCCCAGUCAGCCCACGCAAGCGACGCCGCCCAUCGCGACGCAGUGCUUCAUGCUGUCGAACAUGUUCGAUCCAGCGACAGAGACCAACCCCGCGUGGUCGCAGGAGAUUCAGGACGACGUGAUUGAGGAGGCGAACAAGCACGGCGGCUGCUAUCACGUGUUCGUGGACAAGCUGUCGCCGCAGGGGAAUGUUUAUGUGAAAUGUCCGAGCAUCGCGACGGCCGUGUUGGCCGUGAAUUCACUUCACGGACGCUGGUUUGCCGGACGAGCCAUAACUGCUGCCUACGUUCCACUUCUCAACUACCACACACUCUUUCCGGACUCUGUCACCGCUUCGGUGCUGCUCAUGCCAUCGCGGAAGCCCUAAGCUUACGAUUGUAAAUAUAAUCCAAAAUGCGUGUAUUUUGUCACCAUACAAAACACAAAAAAUCCAUAUUCAAUUAACACACAAGAUGAAAACAGACAAAUUCGUGAUGGAUUCAAUUGUCGAGUAGAGAUGAUUUUUUUUCUUUGCUUCAUCCCACGAAAGAUUGAGAUUGCAUUGCAAAUGAUAAGAGCUCUAAAAAUUUUACAGUAUGUAAUUAUUGACGAGAAAAAAAAAACACAAAUAGGCGGAAUUGUUGAGAGGAUUUUUGCGGAUUUUAUUUCAUUUUCUAUGACUUUUUAUAAAAGUUUGAGAAAUUCACGGAUGAGCAUGUUUUGAGUUGUCAGAAAUGAUACUGUCCGAUGUGCACACUCAAAAGGAAUCAUCUUUAUUUUCUUUGUGUAGCAUAGUACUGUAGGGGUAUCAAUAAAGUAUCGAGAGAAA